UCGUCCCUCAGUGUGUGUUGGAAGUUGGCCUUGGAGGACACUAAACAACUUGAAAACAUGGGAGGAAAUUGCCGGAGGACAACAACGCUGCGGAGCUCCUAACCAGCCUCCCGUGAGAUGCUGUGACGGGGUUUGUGCACGACUAUAAGCGUCGGUCCUGCUCGCUAAACGUCGGCAAUCUGGAUUGUUGUUGUACCUCAGAAAAGGACAGUUUGUCCCUGAUCCGCUGACCGCUGGGGUCUACAGAGGGGCAACAUGAAGUUCGCUCAGUUUCUGCUCAAAAACGGCUCGGCAGCGGGCAUCCCGAAGCUGGUGGAGAGGUUCUCCAAGUUCUCCCCUUCUCCACUGUCUAUGAAGCAGUUCAUCGACUUUGGCUCGGCCAAUGCGUGUGAGAAGACCUCCUUUGUGUUCCUGCGGCAGGAGUUCCCUGUCAGGCUGGCGAACAUCAUGAAGGAGAUCGAUUUCCUCCCAGACAAGCUCCUCAGCACUCCGUCUUUAAAGCUCCUCACCAGCUGGUAUUCACAGAGCUUGCUGGAGCUGGUUGACUUUUUAGAAAAGGACCCGAGUGACCGGGAAGUCCUCACAAGUUUCACACAGACUCUGGUAAACAUCCGGAACCGGCACAACAACGUGGUGCCCACCAUGGCUCAGGGAGUGGUGGAGUACAAGGAGGCGUUCGGUGUGGACCCCGUAACCAACCAGAACGUCCAGUACUUCCUGGACCGCUUCUACAUGAGCCGCAUUUCCACUCGCAUGCUCAUGAACCAGCACACAUUAAUCUUUGAUGGCAGUGUGAACCCGGCCCAUCCCAAACACAUUGGCAGUAUUGACCCCACCUGCGAUGUUGUGGAGGUAGUAAAAGAUGCUUAUGAAACGUCCAAAAUGCUGUGUGAGCAGUAUUACCUGACCUCCCCUGAAAUGGAGAUCACAGAAGUUAACUCCAAAAGCCCCGGCCAGCCGCUCCACAUUGUUUACGUGCCAUCGCAUCUCUACCACAUGCUGUUUGAGCUCUUCAAGAACGCCAUGAGGGCGACAGUGGAGACUCACGAGACGAGCCUGACGCUGCCUCCGAUCAAAGUUCGCGUUGCUCUGGGCGCUGAGGACCUCACUAUCAAGAUGUCUGACAGAGGAGGAGGAGUUCCCCUCAGGAAGAUCGAGCGUCUCUUCAGCUACAUGUACUCCACGGCGCCCAGCCCUGUCCACGCAGACAACUCUCGUAACGCACCUCUGGCCGGUUUCGGUUACGGCCUGCCCAUCUCCCGGUUGUAUGCCAAGUAUUUCCAGGGGGACCUGCAGCUGUACUCCAUGGAGGGCUACGGCACCUCAGCUGUCAUAUACCUGAAGGCGCUGUCGUCGGAGUCAGUGGAGAGACUUCCUGUGUUCAACAAGUCGGCCUUGCGGCAUUACCAGUCCAGCAUAGAGGCCGACGACUGGUGCAUGCCCAGCAAGGAGCCCAGGAAGCUCGGGAACUCUGAGUGAACGCGCUGAUGGUGACUGACUGAAAGAUCAACAGCAUGAAGAAGAAGGACAAACCUGUACUGUAAGAGACAGAAGGUGGCUGAAGCCUUCAACGUGUCGCUGGACUGAAAAUGUAUGCGUGGAACUUGGAUUCCUCUUUUAUGCAAAGCAGAAAGGCCAUAGGAUGAACACUGCUUGUUGUUGAUUUCUGACAUAAAUUCACAGCAAUAACUAAUGCUAAACUGUUUUUCCUCGAUCCCGAUUUCACACCAGCUCCAGACUUUUUAUCCUCUGCCUCAGAUAAUUUUUUUUAAAAAGAUGACCACACGCUGCUACCUGUAACAGAAGAAGUCAAAAUAAUAAGCUCUCUCAAUUUUUCUACUCAAAAAACAAGAAGACUAACUGCAUUUAAAUGUGUUUUUAUGUUUAAGUACCCCAUUUCACAGCUAUGUACACUCUUGUAUUAUUGCACUCAUUGUGUUUAUAUCAGUGCCGCAAACUGUCCAGCCAGAAGUUCAGAAGUUCACUGAAGUGUUGUCGCUCGAGUUUGUUGACUGCAGCAUAAACAGAAAGGGAGCAAAGUCUGCUUAUAGUGGUUUGAUAUCAUCUGCAGUAUUGCUUCACGCUGCGCUUCAUUGUGCGCGUCAACAAAAUUAUAUGUAUUUUUUUCCUCUAAAUCAGAUGUGAGCGACUUGUGACGAACUGUGUGGAGGCCACACAACGUACACUCUGAUUUAGCUGCUAGCGUCAUGAUUAAAGUGUUUGUAAUUCUAAUACGUACCUCUGAACCAUUACUAAUUGAUUUUUAUUCGAAACAGCUGCCAAGUACGAGUUUUUAUUUUUGAAUAAUUUCAAACAAAGUUGUUUCUUUUAUGAAAUUUGCAACGCAGAACGUCACAGUUGAUCGCUGUUUAACAAUGAUAGAGAAAUAUGUUUAUUGUGCCAAACAGUAAUUGAUGCACAGUGCUUCAAUGUUUUUUGUUUUUGUUUUCCCAAGCCAUGACUGAGUUAUCUGCACACAGAGUUACACUCUGAGUACAGACACAUCCUCAAUGAAAACUUGCAAGACGUCAGCGAUAUGGCAUUCACACAUUCAGACUCCUUUUAAUUCUACAUCUUUACGUUCGAGUAAAAAUUAUAAACUUAAAAUGGAAUUUUCUUCAUGUUAGGUUUGAUUUCUGGAAUUGUCUUCAAAGUGUUAUUGUAUAAGUGUGUGGUUCACCACUGAAAGGACCAGUGAAUGUAAAAAAU